AUGAAUGAUCCAUCCACUAAAAGUCCACGAAAAAUAAAUCCUAACCCAUUACAUACUUUAGUUGCAUCUCAUGUUGAAAGUAAUACCAGAAAUUAUCGUACAAAUUUUCGAAAAGAGGUUCCAAAAAAACUUAAUACAACCAAUCCUAAACCAUUAUUGGAAUGUAUACAACCAGAACCAUUAUUAACAUCAAAACCGUACGAAAAACCCAUACAUCAACGACGAAGAAAAAAUAAACCAUUCGAUUCAGAAAAUCUUGAACGUUGUUUAUCUGAUAAUAGUCUUAAACAACGACAAAUUGUCUUUACAAAAUUACGUCAAUUUAUUCUGAAUGCUAAUAAAGAUUGUCAAGUCAACUUAUAUGGUUCAAUAUAUUUUGAAUGUUGCCUGGAAAAACCAGGUGUUAUGGAUAUUGAUAUCCAAUUUAAAGAAACACCUUCACAUGACGCUCUUAAAGAACUACUCGAUAUAAUUAAAAAAAAGUGGUAUGUAAAUAUUUUUAAACAAGCUCAAAUUGAUACUGAACAUAAACCAUCAUUUAUUAAUUUAAUAGUAAAUGAACCGAAUAUGCGUGUUAAAAUAAGUUCAGGUUAUACUCGGGGUAUAUAUUUAUCAAAAUUACUUCGAAUUUAUACAAAAUUUGAUCCACGUGUUAUUAAAUUACUUCGAUUAUUUCGAAUAUUAUCUAAAACGUGCAAUACAGAUAAACCAGAAUUAGGAACACUUCAUCCUGUUGUUUUUCAUUUGAUGGUUAUUCAUUUUUUACAACAACUCGAUCAACCUGUUUUACCAUGUUUACAUGAAUAUGCUUAUGGAAUUGAUAAUGUUCCAAUAACAUUAAAUGAAAAUCAAUAUCCCGAAUUUUUUCAUGUCUGUCAAAAAUAUAUCUCAGAAUGGAAAUCAAAAAAUACAACAAGUGUUGAAAUACUCUUUUUACAAUUACUUUCAUAUUAUGUUAAAACAUUUAAUUUGAAACAAUUUGUUGUUUCAAUUCAAACACGAAUGCCUGUUAUGAAAUCUGAUAAAAAUUGGCAUAGUAGAAAAUUACUUGUUGAAGAUCCAACCGAUAUAAAACGUAGUUUAUGUCAAACAAUGCAAUCUAUGCGUUCAAUUGAUUAUUUUCGUGAUACAUUAAUUGCUACAUUAAAUUAUUUCGAAAAUAAUGAUGAUGAUUUAAUUGAAGUCAUUGUUGAUGAUGACAUUCCAACACAUGAACCAUCAAAAUCUAUACAUAAUUCUUAUAAAUUAUUUUAUAAACGUUUACCACCAACGGUUGCACGUGAUUCUAAUAUAAGACAACCUCGUGUACGACAAUAUUAUAAACAAUCAUUUCAUGAUAAACAUAAUCCAUUACCAAAAGGAAUAAUUCAAUUAAAUUCUUCAAAAGAUAAAUUUGAUACUUCAGAUGUCAAUGAUAUUCAAGAAGCAUUGCAACAUGAUUUAGAAAAUAAUUUUGAAAUUAUGGAUGAAAAUGAUGAUGAUCAAAAUGAUAAUCAUUUUCAUUUAUUAGAAGGAGUUACAUCACAUACUGAUGAAGAAGAUGAACAAGAAUUAAAUGAGAAUUUUCAAGAUAUUGAUAUUGAACAAAAAGAUAUAGCAACGUUAGUUUAAUAAACAAAUUAUUUACACGCGA